CCAGUAACCUGAAGCUAUAGCAAGCGGCAGCCAGAGCACAAGAGCAGAGGAAAACUUUCAACGCUGGUUUCGCUGAAGCAGAAAGUAUAAGAGAAUUUUUCUGAACUUUAAAUCCUCAGCUUUGACUCGCGCAUUCAGCACCAUGGACAGCGUCCGCGCGGUCGUUUACCUGGGCGUUCUCCUCGCGCUGCUGUGCGUCUGCAGGGGUCAGAUGUCACUGGACAACCGCCUGACCACACAAGAGGAGCAGUUCAUCACACGAGACCUGACUGAGGCGCUCGAUGAACUUUUGGAUGGAGAUCAGGACAAUCGGAUAUCUGUGGAGAAAAAAGCUAGCGUGAUUCCGAGGUGUGAUGUUGGCGAGCGCUGCGCGAUGAAGCACGGCCCGCGCAUCGGGAGACUCUGCGACUGUCUGCGAGGAACAGCCUGCAAUAGUUUCUUCUUGCGCUGCUACUGAUAUCCUCCAGCAUCUCUCUUCUCUCUCAGGCUCUGUGCGAGGAAGCUCGUGACAGCCACGCGUGGGAAACCUCGUCUGUUUAAGUUUAAUUGGCAUGGGUGAUGUUGAUGUAUUAAAGCUGUAUUUUGUUCGUAGGCUACUCUAAACUAGAUGUGUAUGUUUAAACGUGUUUAUUUAUUUAUUUUGUUAAUGUCUUUAUGGCUCAUUCAUUCUGUAUAGGCUAUUGUUUUUGAAACGUAGGCUGUGUUCUGUUGAAUUUAUCAUUUAAAUAUGUUUAAUAUAGGCUAUGUUUAAUAAAAACGUUUUGAAACACUGUUAGAACAAGAUCUGGUAAAUGUUAGGCUAUAUUUCAUGAUCAACAAGUGUACAUAGGCUAUUAACAACUGACAUUCUGACCGUUUAUUUGAAUCGCAUGAAUCUUUGAAUUAGGGUUUCAUAAAUGCAUGAUAGAAUUUAUGUCAGUAAUUUUCGGGCCGCAUGAGAUUAUUCUCGCGCAAUGUCUUCUGACAGUUAGAAUAGCGGCAGCGUUGUGUGAUUAUAUUUGUGAUAUAGCCUAAAUAUGACAAAAAUGC